AUGAACGGGAAUGUCUGGAAUAUCAAAGACAUGUUUACUACUUCUGCAGCCAUGGGAUCUCAUAAGCCAUCCGGCUGGGCCAGUGCAACUACCGAUUACAACAGCAUGAGUGAUUCUCAGUUCCUUUUUGGUUCCCAGUUUUGUCCAGAGAACUCGCAGUCAGGAUCCACACCGCUUGAAGUCAGAUCAAGCAAAAGCUCCCAGCAAAAUUCUCAGGAGAAUGAGCCCAGUAUUUUUGCCAAAUACCAGUCUAAGCCACAGCUCUUCAGUGGAGAUGGGAAGGAAAGAGGUUCACUGAAUUUUCCUGCCGGGAGAUUCAGAAGUGCCUUGGAGCAAUUUGAAGAUAAUAAGAAAAAGAUCAAGGAGAAGCAUGAUAGUGAGGUUUUAAACAGCUUAAUUGUGAACACCAAGGAGAAUCUUCAAAAGUUGCAGUCAUUCUUAGAUAAAUCUGAAGAAACUCUGAAAUCCAUGUUGGAUGGUUUCGGCAACCUUGCUAAAACCAUGCAAGAGACAUCUCAAUCCCAUUAUGAAUUGGUUCUGAAUACUCUGAAGGACAAAAGUGGAAUAGAACAGACAUUACUGGGAAUGAAGAAAGCACUAGAAGAUAAAGAUGUGGAAUUCUCAGAUCUGAAAUCCAGCCUACAAUCCCUGAAGGACAGUCUGGAGCAAUUGACAACUCAGCAGAGUGAGCAGCACUUACAGCUCCGUGAACAGCUGGGCAACUUGCAGCUCCCUACCCUUUUGGCAGAAUUGCGGGCAUUCAUUUCUGCACCCAGAACACCCAGUCGCGUAAAGGACGAUGCUUCUCAGACCUCGCCAGAUAGGCUAUCAACCAAUCGCUCUCCCGCUUUGCAAUUAAACGCUCCUCCUGGAAGCAAGUUCGUUCCUAUUGUUAGCGCCUUCCGAGGAAAAGAAAAUGCGAACAAACAGCAGAAGAGCCAUAUUCCAACCCCAGGCCAGGAUGGUGACAACAAUGCCCUUUGUACUUGCCGCUCAGGUGCAGCUGCCCCUGAAGAUGGCAGUGGGCAAGGCUGGCUGCUUACUCAAGAGCUGUGUCAAGCUACGCCAGUGAGGAAAGUGAUCAAGAGAAACGAUCAAGCAAAGAGACUCGGUGCUGUGAGGCAUGCAGCGUUGAACAAUGUGGGCAUGCAAACCCAUGCACAGAAUCACGAGAAGCCAGCUACAGCCAACCAGGUGCAAGGCAAAAGUAUUGGCAGCCGGGCAAAAAAGGGAAGAUCCCAAAAAUGCAACCAGAGGAAAAGGCAGCAUUCUUCCCGGAAAGGAGGUUCCAAGUGCACCGAUACCGACCCGAAACAAAAAGAAACCAGAAAAGAGUGUGCUGAGUUAGAGAGGCUGCCUCAUUCUUACCGGAAUUUAGUAAAUCCAGCAAACCUUUCACUUGUCAGUCAGCAAAAGCAGCGCCAGACCCAGAAAAGAAAGGCAGAGAAAUCCAAGCUUUUGCUCUCGUCUCGUGAAGAUAUGCAGCAUGUGCCCAAUCAGCGGGAGAUGUCUGGAGUUAAAAAGGGCAUGGAUAUUUCCAGCACAAAAAAUAACGCUUUCUGGGCAUGUUCCUCCCCAGAAAGUUAUUUAUUCCAAAACCAGCUGAGAUGGUUCAAUCUCUCUGAGAAUCUCCCACCCGCCUGUACUGCGCUAGCCCAGGAGAAGACAACAACACACUGCCCAUUAUUUUUUGACAGUGAUUUUUCUGAUUAAGGUUUUGUU